AUGCUGGCGCAGGCGCGCGGGGCGCGCGCGGGGCACGCAGCAGGCAGCAACUCCGGGCGUCUUGUCCGCUGUGCAGGAAGCAAAUCGACGCUGCUCGAUACAUGCUACGCGAGCACCGUGGCGGCGUCUCUGCAGGGGCCGUGCGCGCAGGGGGUGUUAGAGCAGCCAGAUGUGUUCUGGGUGCGCAUUGACGAGCGUGGGAUGGGGCAGGCCAUCGCCACCAAAGGAGGCGGGCGCGAGCUGGUGGCGCAGGGGGCCGGUUGGCCCACCAACAGCAGGUGUGUCGCCGAGGAGCUUGCGACGUGCAAGUUUUGGAACAGAACGUGUUCCCAGGCUGCGGGGGCAGGGGGGUGCGCGCCCGCGCUGGUAAGUGCGGUGCUGCGUGGCCUCCGGCGGCAGCUCCAGGAAGACGGGGAGUUGUCGUUGUCCUCCCUCGAGCCGGGGGUCGCAGGCCACGACCCCGCAGACUAUCCAGAGAAAGACCUUGCGAAGUUUUACGACGAUGUCUCUGGGGAGCUCUUACCUACGCCGCAGGUGCGCAAAGCGAGAGUCGCCGAGUUGGAUUUCCUGCGCGGUUCUCCAGUGUGCGAAAAGGUGCCAGCAGCACAGGCGAAAGGCAAGAACAUGGUUUCUGUGCGUUGGUGCGAUGUCAACAAAGGUGACGAUGAUAAUUUGGAGGUUCGCUCCCGGCUGGUCGGCGGGGAGUGCAAGUGGCAAGACCCAUUCAUGCAAGGCGCGUUUGCCGCGACGCCACCACUAGAGAGCCUUCGAUAUCUGUUCCAUUCCAUGACAGCCACGAGGCGGGUGCGAGGCGCCCCGGUUCGUCUGAAGAUGUUGGUGAUGGAUGUGAGCAGAGCUCAUUUCCAUGCGCCGUGUGUGCGGGAGAUGUACAUCCGCCUCCCGGAGGAGGAUGCUACCCCAGGGGUGGUCGGAAAGCUUCUUCGCGCCAUUUACGGCGCGCGCGACGCAGCGAACCAAUGGGGCAGUUUAACCAAUGGCAGUUUCUUUAACGACAUCAUUACCAAGCUUGGCUACGACGUUGGCGUGUCAAACCCAUGUUUGUACAGGCGCAGGAACAAACUGUCAAUUGGGUGGAGGCACGGAGGCGAUCUUGCGUUCAUAGGUGAAGUGGACCACAUGAACAGCUUGUUUGACGAAAUCGGCAAGCACAUGACCCUUAAGAAGAGAGGUGUGCUUGGUUUUGAGGACGGUGACGACACGCACAUCACCAUUCUGAACCGUUUGGUUGAUUUCCGCACGAAGGACGGUGUGCCGACAGUCACUUACGAGCCUGAUCCUCGACACGUGGAUCUUCUAGUAGACCGGCUUGGACUGACCGGCGGCAGGGUCAAAGCAGUGGGCACGCCAGGCGAAAAGUGCGGCGACUGCCACUCGGAAGAGCCGCUCGCGGAUAGCUCCGUGAGUUUGUACAGGUCAUGUACUAUGCGUAUAGCGUACCUUGCGGCAGAUCUGCCGCGCCUGCAGUUUUCUGCAAAUCGACUGGCCCGUGGGAUGAGCAAGCCCACUGUGGGCCACUGGAACCGGCCCAAGCGCGCGGUGCGCUACCUGAAGGGCCACCCCCGGUGGGUUCAGCAGUUCCAGAUGCAGGAGCCUUCCAUGGCGCGGGACUUCGGCGACGAGCUGCGGAUCCGUCUGCGGACAGACAGCACAGCUUCCAAGGGGAUCGCUUCCCGGAUCGGUCUCGGGAAGGUGCGACACUUGGACACGGCGCUGUUGUGGAUACAGCACCAGGUAGGAAAGGGGAAUAUCCAUAUGCAGAAAGUAGACGGUAAAACUAACUUAGCUGAUCUUGGGACCAAAGACGUCGAGGAGGCUUUCAUAGUACGUUUUAUGGGAGGCAUGGGAUUCAAGGAGGAGGCCGGACGUCAUCCAAAAGCGUUGAAGGUUUCGCACGGCUUGGGCGGCUACGGGGAGGAGGACCUUCUAGCUCAGACGGAUGAUGUGGGAAACGAGAAGGGGCUCAUCUAA